AUGGCUCUGUUCUUCUUGCUAGCGUUCGCCUUUCACUGGUCUAGUUCACAGGCUUACUCGGUUAGUUUCUCUCAAAAUAAAGUCAACUCUUGGUCUUCUAGCAGCAGAAAGUUAUAACGGAAUUGACUUGCGCGACGGGAAACGUGGAUGGAAAGUUCAUAGAAACAAGAAAAGACCAAAUAACAACGAAGUACGCUUGUGUCUACAAACAGAGCAUGACAGGUGCUCUGAAGGGAAAGUGAGGUUCUAUAGCUUCUUGGAUGCAAUCUUCUACUCAGAAAACGCGACAUCCCGUCAUGGAGGAUGCACUAUGAUAUGGUACCUCUAGCAGAACUUCCACCAGAAUGUCAGCACGAAAAUCAUUUCUUCCCUUUUCUUUCUGAUCGCAGUUCCCUUUAUUGCUGUCAUGAAAAUUAUUGCAAUUUUAUAUCGGAUCCACUUGAAUUCGUGAGUUUUUUUUUCAAGCCCUUGCAGCAAGGGCCUUGUUUUUAAGUUACAACCGAUCAGCAGACACCUCAAUUUCGAAAUAAGAUUUGAAUAUUGAGAAGCCGGGCAUUAUAUCUCUAGUGAGUGUGGGGACCGCAAGGCCACUCUCGAUGACCAAAAAACUUUGUAUACCAUUGCUUUUUCGACAUUUCAUUGCUGUUUACGCAGUUUCCCUGAACCGUUUUUCGAAAAAGUGAGCCGUACCAUUCGGAGAUAUACAAAUCGGUUGAACCAUCCUUUGAAAGCGAAAUUACCUUUUUUUUUCUCCCAAUAAAUUAGUAACCUUUCAGCUUAUUCGUCAUGAAAAUGUAGCUAUUUCUUUCCAUUCGUACAGCUAUUAUGUUGCGGUAUAUUAAUCAAUUUUUCAUAAUUUAUCAAUCGACCUUUACUUAGGUGAUGGCGAUCGCAAUAACUAUCUACCCAAUAUUCAUGCUUCUGUUCGAAAAAAGAGAGAGGGAUGCGUGGAAAAGCGCAGAACUCGACCACGUCUUGAAUCUAUCAGAGUUUCCGGAAAAUCAUAUAACAUUUAAAGUUUCUCUUUUGAUAAUGUCAUUUCUUUUUGGGAUAUGAAAUAGUUACAGGAGCACCCCAUACAGUAUGCCGUUUCUCCUCGUUUCGACUCAGUCAAGAAUUUCAACCGAGCUCUGCGCAAUCUGAUCAAACCUGAGCUUUAUGAGAACGUAGGUUGAAUGUUCCUGUUCGGACGUCUUCUUUCAGGAAGACAGCAGCCGGCCAGAAAGCGAUUUAUGUGUGAUGGAAUCCAUUAACGCAUUCCAGCAAGACGACAUCGUGUGCAAAAAGGUAGCAGAAAUCCUGUCCAUUGCGUUCGUAGAUUAUUCUCUCACUGAAAAAAAUUAAUUUGAAAAUUUUAUAAAAAUAUGUUUGUAAACAAAAAAUUCCUUCAUUAUAAUCAAAUGUAUGAUACUGGUAGCUUUCAAGCAAAAAAUUAUUUUAAUUCGGCGGAAAGCCUAAUUGCGGUUUCUAUCUUUAUUCAAAAAAAAUUGCCAUGUCCAUCAAAUCAAAAUUUAUUUUAGGUUUUUCGGUCUGACGGAUCGAAAUUCAUCGAUCUUGCGCGGCGUCUAAUUGAGCAAGGUCCCUACGAGUUUGACUUUGACCCAGUUGAAGUGAGAAUAUUGCUUUUUUUCGAUGAGAAAGUAAUUUUGAGGUUGGAGAACUGUUCGACAUAGCGCGAGAUGUCCUAAUGGAUGAGCCGCCUCUUCUAGAGAUCUCUAACGAUGUUUACAUCUACGGGAGCGUCCAAGGAAAUUAUGCGUUGGUAUUUCAAAAUGUUCAACUGAGAAACUCAAAUUAUUGUAAAGACGCCAAAUGUUGAAUAGCUUUUUUCAGAGAUUUGCUACGUUUCUUCCAGCUCAAUGGAUAUCCACCUGAGAGCAAAAUGCUUUUUCUUGGCGGUUACACUAGCGAAGGUGCACCUCACAGUCUCGAGACAAUCGUUCUCCUUGUCGCGUUGAAAGUAUUUCCUCACUUUCUCUUCCAUUCUGCUUGUGUCUACAGCUGAUGCUGCCCAGUCAUGUGUAUCUGCUCCGUGGAGCGACGGAGGUUCACCCAGUGAAUAUCGGAGAGGUCUCCUCAUUUCCAAAGUCUCUACUCCAGAAAAUUUGCAGCGGUUCCAACUGAGAGUUCGACGUUACUUAUGUCAGGUGAUAGAUGAAACUUGCGCUGCUCUGCCGUACGCAGCCAUUGUGGGAGAGAGAAUUCUGUGCACUCACGGAGGAAUUCCCAGCAAAGUGAGUCAGGUUUCCUCGACUCUCCCGAAAGUUUCCAGCCGGUUUCUUUGGCGAAACUGCGCUCGCUCAGCAGGUCGCUCGAGCCCAUCGUCAGAGGCUCUCUACAGGCGGAACUCAUUUUUGGGGUGCCUUCUCGAAACUGCAGUGGUCCUAUUCCUGGUAACCUCCGUUCUUGUCAAUUUCAUGACAUUUGUUUUCAGGUAUUCGUGGGAGACAUUUCAAUCUCAAUUCAGAGAGAGACUUCAGUGUCUUAGAAUCUAUCUCCUGUGAUUUUUUUAUCUGCGGAAGAAACCCUUUGCCUAAAGGAUUUUACGUAAGUAAUCUUCAUUUUGAAAAAAAUAAAUGAAAAAAAAGAAAAUAAGCAUUCUUCUCUUUGCCUUAGCCAUCAAUGUUGGAGUUUUUCCAGUUUUUUGGAACGCGAGCAAUGGCUUUGUGGUCCGCAAUAACAGUUAACAAGUACGCAGAAGAGGAUGGAGCACAAAAAACGGUUCAUAAACAUUUUAAGGAAUUGAAAGUCCUCAAAAAUAAGUCAAACUUGGGCAUGGUAUGAAGAUGGAACACUUGAAAUUUUUGCAAAUUAUUAUUUUCAAACGAAAAGCUUGGCUCAGAUCUGGGACGACUACACAUCAGCGGCAUGCCUCCACGUUCAUGAAAAUCUGAACAUUCACAUAAUUCGACUUGUCAAGUACAUUAAGGGCAAAUCCAAACAACUUCCUCUCGGUACUUCAAUGUUUCAAGUACCGUAAAGAGCCCAGCCCUUAGAUUGCUGAAUAAUCAAACCCUUCUUUCUAAUUAUUCAGCAAUCUAAAAAACGAUUUUUAGUGCAUCCAUCGAUGAUAGCUUGCCGUAAACGACGUAGAGCUGUAACGGUUUGAAAGAAAACGAAUAUAUUGAGAACUGGAUUAUUUUUCAGUCGGAGAGACCGCGAAGAAAAGCUUCCAGGUCGGAGAAGAUCGUCAACUUUCCUUCUUCAAAAGUUCCUCUUGGCGGUGGAUCUAUAAAAGUUAAUUUUUAUUUUUCGGCGUUUUUUUUUUCAAUAUAGACGUGCAAAGUAUCAUUUCGAAGAAAUGAGCGCAGUGGAUAGUUUGUUGAUCGGUAUAAUAUUCCUGACCGUCGUCUUUGCCAGUCCGGAGGCACCGGUCGUCGGCUUCGUUCGGCGACUCAAGCCAUCAGAGGCACUCAAUGGAGUUAUCAAUAGGGUGCUUAUUUAAAUUAUUCAAAAAUUUUUAUUUCAUAAUCGCAGCUUUGCGGGUUGAAAUGUUUCAGAAGGGGAAAAUUAGGAAAGCGAUUUUUUUCUUUAAAAUCAAAAAAAGUUUCCGAACACAGAGUUUGGCCAGUAGUAAGAAUUCUUUCUAAAAAAAGUUUGUAUCAGCACGCCUUAUAUAUAUAUAUAUAUAUAUAUAUGAUAUACAUAUAUAUAUAUAUAUAUAUAUAUAUAUACACUGUUGAAUACAAAAUAUUAUAUAGGGACCACAAACCAUUUUUCAAAGUGAGUCAAAAAAAAAAUUUUUCACUUUUUGACGCAGGCAAAGUCCAAACGACCUCAAAAAGGCCUUAAGGAGAAGGGCCUGAAGUUUCUUUGUAAGUUCCUAAAAAGGUUAUCACAAGUUUUUCGGAUCCCCUUUUUUAUAUCCUUUUCCGCCUUUUCUGAGACCUUUUGGACUUUUAGAAAAAUGCCUUUAAAGGCUUCAAAAGCGGUUUUUUUGGAGCUUUUUCAAAAAACGAUUUUUUAAAGAGUUAAAAAAAGAGACGAAAAAGGAUGAAAAAAAGGAGAUUCUGAAAAACUUUUGACACAUUUUUAAGAACAAAAAGGAGCUUUAGGCUCUUCUUUUUAAGGCCUUUUUGAGGUCAUUCCGACUUCGCCUAUUUUUGUGUGAAAUGCAUAACGCUGAUUUGCAGAACUCUGGUUAAGGAUCUGCUUUUCAAAGACUUUUGUUAGACAUGGUUUUUAAGCCCAGUAUAUAAUCGUUAUUUCAGCGCAACCUUGAACUUGAUUUCGGCUAUAAGAUCAACUCGUCGGUGGUUGAUGGAAAAAUGAGCGUAUGUUGUUUCCUUUUGAAUACAUAUAUAAUAUAAUAUCUCAUAAAAGAAGGUUUCGAAAAAAUCAUCUCUCAAAAUGAUCUGCGGAAAUGAGGCUUUUCUCAAUUAGCUUGAUGGAGUGUUUAAAGACUUAAAAUAUAGCCAAAAAAAAAAUAAUAAUAAGGUGGUUUUGAGAACAUGGGAGUUUCCUAAAUCUUCUUGCCAUGCUUUUUCUAAGUUUUUUAGAUUUUUACACUUUUCAAGAUGUCUGAGCCAACUCAGCUUGUGUUUGUCUUACAUUUUGUAUGCACGACUCGAAACAGUUUGUAUAAUCUGCACUCUCUAUUCUGUCAUCUGCUGGGAAACCAAGGAAAUAUAACGCAAUUCUGAGAACAUCGCCGAGCAAAAAGAGAGUGCAGAAAGUUCGGACUGUUUCAAGAUGUGGGGAAUGCAACAUUUUUAGAAGGUUUGCAGAAGGGGGAAGUGGAAAGAAAGUUGAACGAAGUGGUAGCGGUACUUGAAUCCAUCGCAACGCCAUAA